CUCAACGCGUCCUAGUAUCGAUGACAGUCUUGUUUUUGUUAUGGUUUGAUCAAACUGAAAAAAAAACUUUUGGAAUAUAAAUAUAAAUUUAUUGAUUUCAUUGCGAUUUAAGCAUUUGAUUUAAGCAAGAUGAGCAAAUUCUCGCUCUUCAAUGGCAACGAUGAGGACGAGCACGAAACGGAGCAGAAAUACGCACACCUUAUGAAUCUAGGAAAUGCAAAUCACUCGGUAUCGGAAAAUAGUUCUGGGAAAGCAAGUCGUUGCAAGUGGACCAGCGCAGAGGUGGAGACCUUUCUGGGAAUCAUUCACCAACUAAAACUGCAAGCUGCACUCCGAAGGGCGCAAAGCAAUGCAAAGGUGUUUCGGAUGGUGUCCAGAGAAAUGGCCCGGCGGAACUGCCCCAAGAGUCCAAAGCAUCUGAGAGUCAAGUUCCAUCAGAUGCGGCGUCAGUAUGCGAAGGCUCGGAAUGGUGGCGAACCCUUCGAGCACUUUGAGGCGGUGCACGAGUUGAUGCAGGGAGAAGAUGUAUCUGAUCUGGAUGAAGAGGCGCUGGAGAGUGACAGCGAUAUGGAGGCCGACGAGGACCAGUCCGGCAUGAUCUCGGAAACCGAAGGGGACGAUGCUUUGGAUGCCUCAGGAUCUUCAGUUAACAUCGUUGCCCGCUGCAAGUGGGCAGAGGGCGAAGUGGACCUCCUCCUAGACCUGAUCCACACACUUGGCCUUCGAGCAGCUUUGCUGCAAAAGCGCAAUGCCAAGGUCUUCAAGCUGCUGUCCAAGGAGAUGUCCAAGCGCAACUGCCACAAGGGUGCUGAGAAGCUGCGCAUCAAGUUCCAGCAGCUGCGGCGAUUGUACAACAAGGUCAAGAACGGCACAGGGAAAACGUUCGAGCACUUUGAGGCGAUGCGACUGGUCCUGGAUCCGACCGAAGAGGAGGCGGCCGCGGAUGCUGAAGCGGAAGCCCAUCUGAGCAGCGCAAGCGAUAGUGAUUUCAAUGACAGUGACGAGGAAGAGGGUGAUGCAUCACAGAGAAGCGGAGCGCAUUUUUGGACAGACGAAGAGGUUGAUUCGUUUCUACUCAUCAUUCGGGACAAUGGUUUCUUCCGCGCCUUGGAUGGCUCAAGGAAACGCAACUUCCAGACCCUGGUGCACAUUUCCAACAUCUUGGCUAAGCAGUCCAUCAAACGAACGCCCCACCAGCUGCGCAAUAAACUAAGGCUGCUCUGCAAGCGUCAUCGAGAGGCCAAGGAGCACGGGCUAGAUAAUGUACGCAUUCUGCCUCGCCACUUUGAGCUCUUCGAUGAGCUGAUUCAAGCGCCGCGGGAGAACAAAGAAAAUGCCAUCAGCAGGCUCAUUCGCAUCAGUAAGCCUUCCUUUCUCAAGCCGCCAGGCAAACCAAGCGUUCCGCUGGAAAGUGACAGCGACAACUCCAGCUCCACCUGCGAUCUCCUAAGAGCGGCAGCCGAUAGCGAGGACUACGUGGACGCCAUCGAGUUGGAGGCUGAACCAACGCCGAUUGAAGCACUUACUGCCAUCAUGGAAGGUCAAAAGCAGCUGCUUGCGCAGAUCAAAACUACCAACGAGAGCUUCCUGCGGCAGCAACGCGAGCAGCAGCAUCAAUUUUUGGAACAAGUAUCCGACCUGAUGCGUCGAGAUCGAGAGGAGACCCUGCGCAGGAUCAGCGAAAUGCUGCAACCGAAGUAAUGGAAACAUAGAACUCAAGCUUCUAAAACUUUUAUUGAAUUGAAUUCGAAGUUAUUGCAAAAAGUUGUCAUUAUUUAUAUAUAUUAUAUGUAUGUAUUCUAUA